AGGUGGAAGAUAGAGACCAGUCUGCGUUGGGCAAUUGGGCCAGAGACUGAGGUGGAAGAUAGAGACCAGUCAUAUGUGGUGAAUUUGGAGAAUGAGACUUGUGCAUGUCGAAGCUGGCAAAUGAAUGGUAUUCCAUGCAUCCAUGCUGCUAAGGUCAUCCUUGGCGUGGGAAGAAAACUCUCUAAAUUUGUUGCUCCUUUCUACACAACCUCUAAGUGGCGUGAAACCUACAGUUUUGGGAUCAGACCUGUAAAUGGGAUGAUAGAGUGGCCUCGGACCAAUAGAUUAGGUGUGAUUCCACCACCUAAUCGAAAUGGCAAGCCUGGUAGGCCUAAAAACCAUGAUCGAAAGAAGGGAACCAAUGAGACAGUGUCUACAACCAAGCUGAGUCGUGCGAACAUGGUAAUGACAUGCUCUAAUUGCAAAGAAGAAGGGCGCUACAAGAAUACAUGUCGGAAGGCUUUUGUUGAGAGCCCACCUAAGAAACCAAGAGGCAGGCCAAGGAAAUAUCAGGGACUACACUUUGGCGAGUCACAAGCUCAAUCCUCAGAAGCUCAAACCUCACAAAAUCAAUCCUCACAAGCUCAAGCAUCACCAUGGGAAGUUCCUCAAUCUUCAGAAGGUCAAUCCUCACAAGCUGAAGCAUCACAGACAGCAUCGUGGGGAAGAUGGUUUUUUUAGAUGCUUGUGUGUUGUUUAUGAUGGUCUCUGUCUGAAUGCUUUCGUUGUCUGUUGUUUAUGAUGAUGUCUCUGUCUGAAUGCUUUUGGAACAAGAACUACC